UCUCAGAAACCCCGCUCCUUCAGUGAUUCCCUAUUUCAAAUAAAAGGAUUUAAGUUGACGUAUGACCACGUGAGCACAUAAUACAGCGCAUUAUUGUGGCAUUUGGAGUGGAGACCCGGUCUGGCUCCGUCUGCGAUUACGCUUUUCCAGUUUCUGUUCAGAGCAAGCACUGCUUUCUAUUUUUUUUUUUUCUUCCUGCCCCCAUCACCGUCCCCUCAAGAGCUGGCCAUUCCGCUGACAGCUUUCGUUCCUUAUGGAAAGCUUAUUGUCGAGCGGAGAGGACGAAAUGCUUCGUUAGAAAGGAUGGAUUUUAUUUUAAGGUCUGCCCGGAGCGGCCAUUGGAGGAGCAGCGCCACGUGACAGAGGGGUGCCAAUGUUAUUCUCCAAGGGUGUCAAGACCCUGUCAGUUUGCGAAAUAAAUAUUGGGAAACAACGAAAUGCAAAAAGCGACCUACUACGACAGCUCUGCAAUCUAUGGUGCCUACCCCUACCAAGGAGCAAAUGGUUUCACUUAUAAUGCGAGUCAGCAGCAAUAUCCUCCGUCUUCGUCACUUGUGGAAACUGAGUACCACCGCCCCGCGUGCUCCCUCCAGUCCCCCGGCAGCGCCGUGUCCCACCACAAGGCCAAUGACAUCAGUGAGAGUUGCAUGAGGACCCUCCCCAGCCAGCCUCUGCAGCCCCCUGGUCUCGCUGACCCGCAGGCCCCACCGCAGCCACCUCCGGCCCCGCAGGCACAGCCUCCACCUCCGUCCUCGGCCUCACCAUCUCAAAAUGCCAGCAGCAACCCUGCCCCUGCCAACCCCACUAAGAGCCCGGCUCUUAACUCGCCCACCGUGUCCAAACAGAUAUUCCCAUGGAUGAAAGAAUCUCGGCAAAACACAAAGCAGAAAAACAGCAGUUCCAGUUCAGCAGGGUUAUCAGAAGAAGGGGCUGUAGAUCUCUGUGGUUGUGGAGAGCAAGUAGUUCUCAAAGGAUCUAAGCCUGGUGAGAGCUGUGCUGGUGAUAAGAGCCCCCCAGGCCAAGCAUCCUCUAAGCGAGCCCGUACAGCUUACACAAGUGCCCAGCUGGUAGAACUGGAAAAGGAGUUCCACUUCAAUAGAUACCUUUGCAGGCCACGGAGGGUUGAGAUGGCCAAUUUGCUCAAUCUCACAGAAAGACAGAUCAAAAUCUGGUUUCAGAACCGCAGAAUGAAAUACAAAAAGGAUCAAAAGGGCAAGGGCAUGAUGACCUCUUCAGGAGGACAGUCCCCGAGCAGAAGCCCCGUCCCUCCAGCUGCUGGGGGAUACCUAAACUCUAUGCAUUCUUUAGUAAACAGUGUCCCCUAUGAGCCCCAGUCACCUCCGCCAUUUAAUAAACCUCAUCAAAACACCUAUGGCAUCCCUGCAUCAUAUACCGCUCCUCUUAAUAAUUGCCCACCUCCUCAAAAGAGAUACACGGGGACAGCAGCUGUGACACCUGAAUACGAUACUCAUCCUCUUCAAGGCAACGGUUAUGGGAAUCCACAUAUACAGGGAAGCCCCGUCUACGUAGGGGGCAACUACGUGGAGACCAUGACCAAUUCCGGGCCUUCCAUCUUUGGUCUAACUCAUCUCUCUCAUCCUCCCUCUGCCAACAUGGACUACAGCGGGGCUGGGCCGAUGGGCAACAAUCACCACCACGGACCUUGCGACCCGCACCCGACAUACACAGACCUUACAGCUCACCAUCCUUCUCAGGGAAGAAUUCAGGAAGCGCCCAAACUCACCCAUCUGUAGGAGCCACGAGUCACUAGGUAGAACCUAGCAAAGCCCCAACCUUUUAAAGUACUCAUCCCUUCCUCUCUGCCUCUCCUCCCCACCAUGCGCCCUCCUCCCCUCUCUUUCUUCUUUCUUUUGCUCAUUUUAGUUUGUUUCGUUUCCUUUGGUAAAAGCGUUUUCUAGUUUAUGUGACGUAGCAAUAUUUGUUGCUUGAAUUGCUCUAUAGUUUCACUAGUGGAUAUUUAUCUUCUUGAACUGCAGCCUCGUGUCUCACUUUGGGAGCAUACAGAGGCUUUAUACUUUACCUUCUACACUUUUAUCAAAACAGGGUAUAUGAACAAAUUUUCUAUAAAAGGAAUUCUUAAAUGUGAAUUUGUUCAUACAUGAUUGAUCCCACGGGGAAGCAAUUUUUUUAUUGCACUUCUUUUAAAUAGCGAGAAAGACAUCAGAAGCGCUUGGACAGGGAUUCCCUGGACAGUUAUUGAUACGUGUAAGUCUUUCAAUGUGUGUAUGCUGGUGAACAUUCAGAUUUAUUUAUAUUAUUUUUUUGUUUUUUGUUUUUUUUUUGCAAACAUUGAAUAAUCUAAGUGUUUAAAAUUUUAUUUAUCCCCAUUUGUUCAUAUUUAUAUAUAUAUAAAGAAUCUGUACCCUGAAUAUUCAGGAGGUAUUUACCUGGCCAUGUGUUAGAUGGCAUAUCGGCACGCGUAGGAAAUAUCAUUUGAAAGGGAACUAUAACUCCUUUAUUAAAAUGAUAACUGUGAUGACAACAAUGCAAUAAAAUCCGGGAAAAAAAAAAUCACAGCUUGAAUAAUUGAUGCCUGUAACAUCCAGGUAGCGGGAAAGAAGGCGUGUGAAGCUGAAAGGCUUAGAUUUGUGUUGAAAGUUAUACAUUCCUUGCUGCUCACGUUCUGA